AUGAAUGACGAUGAUAUUAACGACGCUUUAAAUGAUUCAUUUGAAUACUCCGAUGAAGAUGACGAUUUCCUUGAUCCAGAUUUUUCUCUAGGUGAGAAUGUAAAUGAUGAUUUGCUUGUGGGAAUAUUUCCACUAUUAAGUGAUUCCGAAAAUGAUGAAGAUGUAGAUGGCAAUAUAGAGAUCAAUGAAGGUAAUAAGGAAAAUAAUAAUGUAGAAGCAGUAGAUUACAAUAUAGAGAACACUGAAAAUAAUAGGGAAAAUAAUAAUUUAGAAGCAGUAGAUAACAACAUAGAGAACAGUGAAGGUAAUAUGGAAAAUAAUAAUUUAGAUGCAGUAGAGGACAAUACAGAGAACAAUGAACAAGAAAGUUAUAUUAGAAAGGGCAAAAAAAGGUCAAGUAAUCCACUGAUAUGGAAAAGAAAUGUUACAAAAGUACUUCGAGCUCAAGGUAAAGAAUGUGUAAGUUUGAGAAAUAAAAUUAUAAAAAGAAGAGUAACAGGACCCCCCUGUAAAUGUAAGUUACAAUGUUUCGAGGCUGUGACUGAUGAACAAAAACAUUUGCUUAUAAAUAUGUUCAACAAUAUUGCUGAUAAAGAGAAGCAAGAUACCUUUCUAUCUGGCUUAAUACAAAUUAGUGAUGUGUUAAGACGCCGCCCUAUAAAUAAUGAAAAACCCAACAGAAGUGUUGCUUGCUCAUAUAAAGUGCGUUUUGGGACCGAUGAAUUAAAAGUUUGCAAAACUGCAUUUUGCUCUUUUUUUGGUAUUGGCAAAGCAGUAGUUGAAAGGGUUUUUACUAAGUUAAGACAAAAUAUCCCUAGCCCAAAAGAUUUGCGUUUAAAACAUACAGUACGUCCUAAUAAAUUACCUGAUAAUAUUUUAUUUCAAUUAUCGGCACAUAUUCAGAGCUUCCCCAAGUGUAUUUCACACUACAGCAGACAAGAUAACAAUGAAAAACGUUAUUUAUCUGCUGAGCUUAGUGUACACAAAAUGUAUGAAAUGUAUAUUGAAAAAUAUGAACCUGACAUUUAUGAGAUAUUAAUAAAUGGAAGAAAAGCCAAACCUAUUGUAAAAUAUCCAUAUUUUCUCAAAUAUUUUAACAAUAAUUUUAAUUUGUCGUUUGGCAAUCCAAAAUCAGACACUUGCCAAACAUGUGAUCGACUAGACAAUUUUAUUAAUGCUGAAUUAAAUACAGACAUUAAAUUAUCUUUGAUUGAAGAAAAACAAAUUCACCAAAAAAAAGCAGAAUUAUUUUAUGCCGAUCUAAAAAGAUUAUCUCUAGAGUCUAAGGAAAAUACUGAUUUAGAAGUUUUAUCGUUUGACUUCCAACAAAACAUGCCUUUACCACAUGUACCAUGUGGUGAUGUGUUUUAUAAAAGGCAAAUUUGGUCAUACAAUUUUUGCAUUCACUCAGCAAAAACAAACCAAGCUUACUUUUUUAUGUAUGAUGAGUCAGUUGCAAAAAAAGGCCAGAAUGAGGUUAUAAGUUUUCUCCAUUAUUAUUUACAAAACUUACUUCAACAAGGAGUAAAGACAUUAUACCUUUUCGCAGAUAACUGUAGUUCACAAAUUAAGAAUAAUGCUUUAUUUCAAUAUAUCUACACUAUUAUAAAAUCAAAUGCAUUUGGAUUAAAUACAAUCAUUCAAAGGUAUCCUGAGCCAGGGCACAGUUUCCUGCCAUGUGACCGCUGCUUUGGUUUGAUUGAGCAGAAAAAGAGAAAAAUUGAACGUGUAUUUUUACCAAUAACUUAUCAAGAACUGGUCAAACAAACAAACAUCAAAAAAUUUCAUGUGAUUAAUGUUAAUCAAAAUUUUAUAUACAAUUUUUCAGAUUACUUAAAACCAUUUUUUAAAAAAUAUAUUACUAGUACAAACAAAGUCAAGUUCACAAUAAUGGCUUAUCGCUGUAUUGAAUAUACUAAAGAGGGUUUGUUAUGUAGUGUUAUUCCCAAUUCAACUGCCAAAGAGCAUUAUACAAUAGAAAAAUCUGGAUCCUUAUUGAAAUUUCCCAUGGAAAACCUCCCAUUAUUGUAUCAAGGAAAACUUAGUAUUAAAGCUGCAAAACUAAAAGAUGUCCUUGAAUUGGCUUCAAAAUAUGUUCCCCCUCAACAUUUAUGGUUUUAUGAACAGUUUGUAGAAACCAAUGAUGAUACAGUUUUAUCAGACUAUGAAUAUUAA